UCGUUUAGACCAUAGGUUGCGCUUAACCACACCCCGCUGUCGAAGCCCAGAGCCCGCGGGAUAUUUUUAGCUCUGAUGAUGUCCGCUGUCAUCUAACGGAAAGAUCAUUCCGGAAUCACAGAGCCAAUCUGCACCGUGUCUGCGCGUGAGUCGCUUUAUCUAACAUGAGGACUCAACGCGCUUUUAUUAUAUGGACUGCGAUGGUUCUUCAUUUGUCUAUCAUAAAAGGUCAGACCACAGACUCAUCCCCAGACAUGAGGUCCACUCUGAAUGAAGUCACUCCGAAAAAUCGCAUGACUUCAGCAAGUGACAUUUUGGAAUCACGAGCCACUACAGCCUAUCAAAGCGUCUCCUCUCCUUCAGCCGAUUUCACAACGGACGUCACAUCUACCGUUCCUCCUCCAUCAAAGUCAUCCAAAGACGCUGUAGUGCACAAUGACAGCUCUCCUUCACCACCCAUCUCACAGACCCCUGCACUACAAGAAGACACCACCCUCAACACGGACACAGCUUCGGGACCAGGUUCUUCUACUGGCAGUACGUCAGUUUCUUAUUUGAAGAGCACCAUUUUAUAUUCAGUAGCCUCCACAGCUCCUGCAACAUCCAUCAGUCCAAGUGAAGGACCUCAGACAGUCUCUACUCCAGCCAGCAGCGUGAUCCAGACAACACAAACAGCUCCACUAUUCACUCCCACUUACCCUCAGACAUCUCAGGUCAUCCUGACCAGCAGUUCAAAGGUCACUGGACCUGCUCCUUUGGAAGACCAGGAUGAACCUUCUGAACUGGAUGUGGGAGAUCAAGAGUCAGGGAAGGUCCCCCACCGCCCUGCAUCACCUCUGGACCCCCUGCUUGCUGCUCUGGUCACCAUUUUCAUUAUUUGCACUGCCAUGGUCUCAGCCGUCCUCUUCCUCAAGUUCCGUCAACGUAGUGAGCAUCCAGAAUUCCACCGGCUUCAAGACCUCCCUAUGGAUGAUCUCCUUGAAGACACGCCAUUGUCAAGAUACACCUAUUAGCAAGAGGGAAUUCCACUAUUUCAUCAUCUGAUUCCUCAGGCAACCAGUGUUGUUAUUGGUGCAGAUCCCCUAAAAGACGUCUUUCACAACUGAUCUCUGAUUCUGGGUUUUUUGGGGCUUUGAUGCUAAAAUAUGGUUGUGUAAUAUUGGAAUAAGAAUUUUAGUUGUUUUACUAUAUUAUGAAACCCAUUCAAAUAAAAUAAGGGUUUCAGGAAAUAGAAUAAAAUAAGAUAAACAGUCUUAUUCUAUGUUAAAAAAAUCACAGUUUCUAGAGAAUGUUCGGUGUUUAUAGAGAAUGUUCGAAUUUCGAGAAAAAAGAACCAGUAUACUUUUUAUUCACCUUAAGAUUCUCUACAAAUGUAGAGAAACAAUAACAAAAAUUUUCACUAAAACAUGACAUGAGUUUCUGGAGAUAAUUCGCUUGUUUUUCCAUUUAUUAGACACUAUAUGUAUAAUUAAGUACUUACUCAAUAUUAUGAUGCUAUCAUUUGGUUCAUCCUAAACCUAAAUUCUGAGGUAUGGUCACAUUUACCGUUUCUUGACAAAUUUUCUGAGUCAAAAUCCAGUACUUUCAAAAAGGUCCAUGCAAUCAGGAUUUUCCGAUAUAUCUGAUCAUGCAGAUUUUACAGUUCAAGUUGUUCACACAAAUGCACAGCUUUGACCAAAAUCACCACACUAUUGACAGUUCAGACAACAGACCUUUAUUAUCCACAAAAAUUUGCUAAUAUGACCGCACGUUAACUUUUAUAUAACAUUCAUUCUAAAGGUCUAAAAUUUCUCAGUUCUAUACAAGCAAAUAGAACUGCACUUUUUUCUUCUUCUUCUUUUUAGGGGCUAUGGUUUAUUUUCCAAGAAAAACAGUUCCCUGGGUUUAGCAUAAAUGUCUCUUUGACUUUUGCACUGUUAGAGCUAUUAAGUUUUGAGGAAAAUGUUCAUUGUUAUGUGACUGGUGUUCUAGAAUGAAAACAAUUUAGGAUUUAACUGAAUUGUGAUUUUGAUAUUUAUGACAAAGUUGAUUGUCCAGAUCCAUAUAAUGAAGGUAUGUGAAAUAAUUUGAAAUGUAUUUUAGCAUAUUCACUUCUGUCUACGCUGGUAUUUGUGGUAAACCUAGUGCCUAAUGUACUUUGUGCCAAAACUGAUUAGUGGUAAACAAACAGAUAAAUAUAUAUUGCACAGUGGUGUUGUUGAGAGAAAAAUAAGAGUUUGUAAUAAAACAAGAAAACUA